AUGUCCAUCUCCGUCUUCCUCCUUUGGCUUGUUAGCGUCCCUCUCUUAGUCCAGGGAAAUGCCAUCAUUAGAUCAGUGGCUGGAAGACACGCACAACCCAAACCUCAGGUUAAAGAUUACUUUGUAAACUGUGGGUCAAAUGAAGAUGUGGAUAGUUGGGAGCUUAAAUACCUCGCGGACGAUGCCUUCAUAUCACCUCAAGGCACAAAAACAGCACGCAUAAAUCAAACCGAUGUAUUGCCUAUAUUAUCUACAUUAAGGUAUAUUCCAGACAAGACAACCAAGAAGAAAUGUUACAAGUUUCAAGCGUUAAAAGGAGGAAAGUAUCUGGUGAAAUCAAUAUUCUAUUAUGGAAAUUUUGAUGGAGGGACUAAUCCACCAGUCUUUGAUCUGAUCAUUGAGGGCACUAAAUGGAGCACUGUGAAUACCACGCAGGAUUAUCUAAACGGGCUUGCUUCGUUCUAUGAGAUCAUUGUCAUGGCUCGUGAUGAAAAAUUGAGUGUCUGUCUUGCAUGGAACGAUCACACAGUGUCAAGUCCGUUUAUCUCAGCUCUUCAAGUCCACUCUUUGAAUGAUUUGAUGUAUGAUGGUACUAAUUUCGAUAAGUAUGCACUGAUGACUGUUGCUCGACAUAGCUUUGCAGCUCAUGGGGAAACAAUUGGUUUUCCAGAUGAUAAAUUUGGGCGGUACUGGUAUCCAUUUAUCGACAAUAAUCCUGUUGUAUCAAGUCACUCCAACGUGACUCCUUCAGUAUUUUUCAACAAUCCACCGGCGAAGAUAUUUCAAACGGCAAUCACAACCGACAGAGGAAAGAGUCUCCAAGUCAUGUGGCCACCAUAUUCAGUUCCUGCCAGCCGCUAUUACAUUGCACUAUACCUUCAAGACUCUAGGGCCCCUAGUCCAUAUAGCUGGGGAGUUUUUGAUAUUCAAAUCAAUGGCGAAACUUUCUAUCGCCAACUGAAUGUCACCACUAGUGGUGCAAUGGUAUUCAGCACAUUUUGGCCCCUGAACGGGACAACUACAAUUACCCUGACUCCCAGGAGUGACAUUCCUGUCGGGCCUCUGAUCAAUGCUGCCGAGGCUUUUCAGCUUUUAGCUCUUGAAGAAAAGACUGCAGCUAGAGAUGUGAUUGUAAUGGAUGACAUCGCAAGAAGCAUUCAACACCUACCCCUGGACUGGGAAGGUGAUCCUUGCGUGCCUAGAGGAAAUGCUUGGACAGGAGUCACCUGCAGGCACAGACUAACUACUCACAUUGUCUCGUUAAACCUGACUGGUCUUGGAGUAUUAACCGGAACACUACCAAAGAGUUUAUCCAAUUUAUCUGCUCUUCAUCAUCUUUGGCUUGGGGGUAACUCACUCACAGGUUCAAUACCUGAUUUGAGCCCAUUGAUGGCCCUGGAAACUUUGCACUUGGAAAACAACCAAUUUGAGGGUCCUAUCCCUGAAUCACUUGGACAUCUCCCAAAGCUGAGAGAAGUAUUCCUCCAAAACAACAAGUUCACUGGUGACAUCCCUGCAUCACUGAAAAACAGGCGCGACAUAUUGCUGAAGUUCUGAACUCGUGGAAUUCAUUUGGCAAAGAUACCAAAUUUUCAACUGACAUAGCUUAG